CUGGGGGGAUGGUGGGGAUGCUGGGGUGCUCGGGCCUGCCAGAGUGUGAGAGCUCACCCAGUACGCCUUCGGGUAUUUCCCAUCCCCCUUCCUACCGUGCUAGCCCGACCGGGAAACCAUAGAGUUGACAGAGUCCAGAGCGCCCCUUCCCUGGCCGCCGAGCCUGACGUAGGGCCGCUGGGCGGGGCCUAUUGGAAGGGCGGGGGGAGAGGAGGGAGCAGCCGCCAAGGAAAAGGCUGGCUGGCCUCGCAGCGCCCCGCAGCGGCCACGGCCGGAAGCGGUCCUGUCGGCCCUGCGGCGCUGGAGCCCUGACGCACGGAGCUCAAGAGCGAGAACGGGAGAGAAAGGGGUAGAAAUGGCGGCUCCGCUCGGCUCCCGCUGAGGAGGGCGAAGCCGGCGGAGGGUCUGAGUCGUCGGCCUGGCGCGUUGCUCCCGCCUCUCCUUACUUCCUCCUCACGCCGACUUCCCGUUCUCUGUCCUACUGUCGCCUGUCCUCGUCAGCGCUCCGCGGCGUCCGUGUGGGCUCGUCUCCCGGCCCGCCUCCACUGGCCCCGACUGCCCGGCCGGCGGGCCGGCCUUCCCCAGCUCUCCCGGGCGCGGCGGGCGCGGCGGGCGCGGCGGGCGCGGGGUAGACCCCGUCCUCCGGGCUCGACCAUGGUGAACACCCGGAAGAGUUCUCUGCGCCUUCUCGGGUCCAAGUCGCCUGGGCCCGGGCCUGGGGCCGGAGCAGAACCUGGGACGACCGGAGGCAGCAGCCAUUUCAUCUCCUCUCGGACCCGCUCCUCCAAGACCCGCGCUGCCAGCUGCCCCGCCGCCAAGGCCGGGGGAAGUGGUGGCGCCGGCGUCGCUCUGGACGAGGCCCGGAAAUCUGAGGUUGAUGGUAGUUUAAGUGAUAGCCACGUGUCUCCUCCAGCCAAACGCACUUUGAAACAACCUGAUUCUGUUUGCAAAGACAAAUCUAAGUCACGAACUACUAGUCAGAGAGAGGAAUGGAACAUAUCAACUGGACAGGCCAGGUUAACUUCUCAGCCUGGAGCUACAUUACCAAACGGACAUAGUAGCUUAUCCCUUCGAAGUCACCCCCUUCGAGGGGAAAAGAAGGGAGAUGGAGACCUUUCAUGUAUAAAUGGUGACAUGGAAGUCAGAAAAAGUUGUCGUUCCAGGAAAAACAGAUUUGAAAGUGUGAACCAGAGUUUGUUGUUUGAUCAACUAGUAAAUAGUACUGCUGAAGCUGUACUGCAAGAAAUGGACAACAUUAACAUCAGACGGAACCGUCGUUCAGGAGAGGUGGAACGACUUCGAAUGUGGACAGAUACAGAAUUUGAAAAUAUGGAUAUGUAUUCAAGAGUGAAAAGGCGAAGAAAGUCACUGAGAAGAAAUAGCUACGGGAUACAAAAUCAUCAUGAAGUCUCUACUGAAGGUGAAGAAGAAGAAUCUCAAGAGGAGGAUGGAGAUAUAGAAGUUGAAGAAGCAGAAGGAGAAGAAAACGAUAGACCAUAUAAUUUGAGACAAAGAAAAACAGUGGAUCGAUACCAAGCACCUCCAAUAGUACCUGCUCAUCAAAAAAAGAGGGAAAACACACUGUUUGAUAUUCACAGAUCUCCAGCAAGAAGAAGCCAUAUCAGGAGAAAGAAGCAUGCUAUUCAUAGUAGUGACACAACUUCUUCUGAUGAAGAACGCUUUGAAAGAAGGAAAUCAAAGAGCAUGACAAGAGCAAGAAAUAGAUGUUUGCCCAUGAAUUUAAGAACAGAAGAUUUAGCUAGCGGUAUUCUUCGAGAACGUGUCAAAGUGGGUGCAAGCUUGGCUGAUGUUGAUCCAAUGAACAUUGAUAAAUCAGUACGGUUUGAUAGCAUAGGUGGAUUGAGCCAUCAUAUUCAUGCACUAAAGGAGAUGGUAGUAUUUCCGCUAUUAUAUCCAGAAAUUUUUGAAAAAUUUAAAAUUCAGCCUCCAAGGGGCUGUUUGUUUUACGGCCCUCCUGGCACAGGUAAAACCUUGGUUGCCAGAGCGUUAGCCAAUGAGUGCAGUCAAGGAGACAAAAAGGUGGCUUUUUUCAUGCGAAAAGGAGCCGACUGUCUGAGCAAGUGGGUUGGUGAAUCAGAACGGCAACUUAGGCUUCUUUUUGAUCAGGCAUAUUUGAUGAGACCUUCUAUAAUAUUUUUUGAUGAAAUAGAUGGAUUAGCUCCAGUUCGCUCUAGCAGACAAGAUCAGAUUCACAGCUCCAUAGUGUCAACCCUUCUUGCUCUUAUGGAUGGAUUAGACAAUAGGGGUGAAAUUGUUGUUAUUGGUGCUACAAACAGACUUGAUUCUAUAGAUCCUGCUCUCAGGAGACCUGGUCGUUUUGACAGAGAAUUUCUUUUCAACUUGCCUGAUCAAAAGGCAAGAAAACACAUACUACAGAUUCAUACCAGGGACUGGAAUCCAAAAUUGUCAGAUGCUUUUUUAGGUGAAUUGGCUGAAAAAUGUGUUGGGUACUGUGGCGCUGAUAUCAAGGCCCUGUGCACCGAAGCUGCUCUGAUUGCCCUGCGGAGACGUUACCCCCAGAUCUAUGCUAGCAGUCAUAAACUGCAGCUAGAUGUUUCCUCAAUAGUGCUCAACGCCCAAGACUUUUACCAUGCAAUGCAGAAUAUUGUGCCUGCUUCCCAGCGUGCUGUCAUGUCUUCAGGACAUGCACUCUCCCCCAUCAUAAGGCCACUGCUAGAGAGAAGCUUCAACAACAUCCUAGCAGUCUUGCAAAAAGUGUUUCCUCAUGCUGAAAUUAGCCAGAGUGACAAGAAAGAAGAUAUAGAUACUCUGAUUUUAGAUGAUAGUGAAGAUGAGAAUGCUUUAUCAAUUUUUGAGACCAGUUGUCACUCAGGAUCACCAAAGAAACAGUCAUCAGCUGCUGCUGUACAUAAAUCCUACCUUCAUUUUACAAUGUCACCAUAUCAUCAGCCAACCUCUUACAGGCCAAGAUUAUUGCUGUCUGGAGAACGAGGCUCAGGUCAAACUUCUCACCUUGCUCCAGCACUUUUGCAUACUCUAGAAAAGUUCUCUGUGCACAGACUAGAUCUCCCAGCACUUUAUUCAGUUAGUGCCAAAACACCUGAAGAAUCAUGUGCACAGAUUUUUCGUGAAGCUCGAAGAACAGUACCUAGUAUUGUUUACAUGCCUCACAUUGGUGAUUGGUGGGACGCUGUCAGUGAAACUGUGAGAGCAACUUUUCUAACUUUGCUACAAGAUAUACCGUCAUUUUCACCUAUAUUCUUAUUGUCUACCUCUGAAACCAUGUACAGUGAACUGCCUGAAGAGGUUAAAUGCAUCUUCAGAAUACAGUAUGAGGAGGUCUUGUAUAUUCAAAGGCCUGUAGAAGAAGACAGAAGAAAAUUUUUCCAAGAAUUGAUUCUCAAUCAGGCAUCAAUGGCUCCACCACGAAGGAAACACACUGGUCUUUGUGCUAUGGAAGUGCUUCCUCUUGCCCUACCUUCUCCACCUCGUCAGUUAUCAGAAUCAGAAAAAAUUCGGAUGGAGGACCAGGAGGAAAAUACUUUAAGAGAGUUGCGGUUGUUUCUCAGGGAUGUAACCAAGAGGCUGGCCACAGAUAAACGCUUUAACAUCUUCAGCAAACCGGUGGAUAUUGAAGAGGUUUCAGAUUAUCUUGAGGUAAUCAAGGAACCGAUGGAUUUAUCAACAGUAAUAACUAAAAUUGAUAAGCAUAAUUACCUGACUGCUAAGGAUUUCCUGAAGGAUAUUGACCUCAUCUGUAGCAACGCCUUAGAGUACAAUCCAGAUAAGGACCCAGGAGAUAAAAUAAUUAGGCACAGGGCUUGCACCCUGAAGGACACUGCACAUGCCAUCAUUGCAGCUGAACUGGAUCCAGAAUUUAAUAAACUCUGUGAAGAAAUUAAGGAAGCAAGAAUAAAAAGAGGCUUAUCGGUAACAGCAGAACAAAUAAAUCCUCAUGGUACUGGGGCUCGGAAGACAGAAACUAGAGUUGAAGAGGCAUUUCGGCACAAACAAAGAAAUCCAAUGGAUGCCUGGCACAACUCUGCCAAUAAAUUUCGAGUUCGGAGAAAAUCAAGGCGGCGAUCACAGUGGGGUAAAGGAAUCAUUAAGAAAAGGAAGGUCAACAAUUUAAAAAAAGACGAAGAAGACACCAAAUUUGCAGACUGUGAGAACCACGCAGAGGGCAGGAAGUCGCUGGAGAACGGCGAGUUCGAGGUCAGCACUGACUGCCAUGAAGAAAACGGGGAGGAUGCUGGAGACUUAUCUAUGACCAAUGACGAGUCUUCGUGUGACAUCAUGGACAUGGACCAGGCGCAGAGGCUGAACAGUGGAGCCGGCACGAAAGAGAACUUUGCAUCUACUGAAGAGGAAAGUUCGAACGAGUCUCUACUGGUCAACAGCAGCAGCUCUCUAAACCCAGAGCAGGCUUCUAGGAAGGAGCCUUUCCUUAGAGGAAGCUGUCUAAACGGUGAGGCCUCCACUGACAGUUUUGAAGGCAUACCAGUUCUCGAGUGUCAGGACGGCAAAGCUGAAGUAGUUUCUUUCUGUAGUAGCGGAGAUAAAUGCAGUUCUGGACAAAAGAUUCUUCCGGAGGACCAGUCAAAAGGAAAACCGGAAGCUUUGAAUGAGAGCCAUGGAGACGACCCCGAGAAGCUGGAAGCCCUGGAAUGCAGCAGUAAUGAGAAGUCAGAGCCUGGCCCCGAUGUGGAGGUUAAAGAUGCAGAACUGGAUAAAGAAGGUGCUUCCAAAGUAAAGAAAUAUCGUAAGUUAAUUUUAGAGCAGGCAAAAACCACCACCCUGGAACUGGUUCCCGAAGAGCCGUCCGAGCCCGUGCCGCCCCUCGUGGUUGAUCACGAGAGACUGAAGAAAUUGCUUGAUUUGUUGGUAGAUAAAAGCAGCAAUCUGGCAGUUGAUCAACUUGAGAGAUUGUAUUCUCUUCUUAGUCAGUGCAUCUAUCGUCACCGUAAAGAUUAUGACAAAUCGCAACUAAUGGAGGAGAUGGAAAGAACAGUUCAUAUGUUUGAGACAUUCCUAUGAACUUUUCAAGAUGAGUGGUUUAUCCUCUCCAAUCUGCUCCUGACAGAGCAGUCUUCUGAGCCAUUCAAUUUCAAAUUGCACCAAUUACGUGCAGAGCCUUGGUGUAAAGUGCUCGCUCACUCAUUCUUUCUCUCUGUUGAAUUUGGUGCUAUUGUCUCAGGUACCUGAAACCAACCAGCCUACAAGAACCAAACAGAACUUCAAAAACAUGUUGUAUUUUCCACAAAUAAAAAAUACAACCCCACAGAUUGGAGAUUUUGGUGCUACAGAAACUGCUCUCACUGCUCCUCUUUCCGUGCACUCCCCUUCGGAGACUCCUCCCUCUCUCGGGGAGCGGACCAGCAGACGCGAGGAAAUGGCGGGCAGUUCUAACUGUGUUGAAUUGUUUAAACAGUGGGCAAACUGUUAUAUUUUUCUCUUUUCUAUCCCUUUUAUCAUAUUUGUUUCUAUUUUUUCCUCUGGGUAAUGUACUGAAACCUGUUUAUGAGUUGGCUAUGGUAUAUUCUGAUGGGGAACUGAAGAAACUGGAUGAAAUUAGAUUAGGCUCUUUAGAACUGCCUUUAAUGUGCCUUUUUAUUCAUUUGAGGAAGAUAAGGCUAAACAAAAAGAUGGGCUUGUUUGUAGCAAAUGAAUUAAAAUGUUUUCUUUGGUCAGAACCUUAAAAAUAAGUUUUGAUACUCUGUGUCGUUAAGAAGCAACCAGUGUUUGGGUAUAAAAUGCCUAGCUUGUUUUUAAAACUCAAUCAAAACACAUAAUAAAACAACAACAAAAAUAAUCCACAGUCCACCAAAAACCCCACAAGCUUUUUGGCGCCACUGGCAGUGAUGACCAGAAAAUAAAUAGAUAGUAGAUGUUCUUUCCUCUGUCAGUGGCAAUUGACUAGUUAUUCGUGUCUGAGUUCCUAGAGAAGAAUGAUGAUCAUGUACAGUAAAUUACUGCUGUUUUGUUUGAAAGCCAGGGCUUGCCAAAUGGACAGAGAGGAAUUUGUCAGAAGCUCCACAAAAAUUAAUUUUCUAUAUGCACAGUUGCAAGUGAGCUCUGGUAUUGUCCUUUGAAUAACAGUAUUAAACAUUUAAAUCCCUUACCAUAAGUUUGACCUUUUCACAAAUAUUCAUUUUGAUUGGAAUCCAUUUUGGAUCUUGUUGAGUGAUUUCUGUGAGUUGUACUUAUCUAAAAUGAAUUAUGGGUUACGAGAUUUACAAAACCUACAAAUUUGGAGACACAAUCUAGGCAGUUACAAAGAGGCAAAGGGAGUACAGUGACAUUUUUUUAUCAGAUGAUUUUUAAACAAAAAAGUAGAAAAUUUUGACAAGUUGGCUUGAUAGCUUCAUUCAUUAUAGCUGUUAGUUAGCUGCAGGUGUCUUUCCAGUAUAUGCAACACAUGGAGGUUGGGUUUUAAUUGGAGCAAAUGGUCUUGGACUACUGCAGAGAUACUGAGCUACCUCAGCUUUUUGUAUUUCAGUUACCAACAGUGUUUACAGAGCCCUGUAAUCACUCUGCCACCGUUUACACGCUGAAGCUAAGGUACUUGUCUCCUGUCUCUGGCUGCUCGCAGCGCGCGUGGUGCCGGGCGGCAGGAACUCGGCGGCCACAGGCUACUGCAGUAAUCCUAAGUGCUUCUCUGCAUUCACACUGACCUGUCACGCCUUCUGGCUCUCGCUUCAGUUUUGAAAAACGCCACUUGUUUCCUUUAUACAUAGUCUAAAAUUUUCAUAAUAGUCAUAGGAUUCAAGAUGCUACCCAUGUAGACACACUGUAUUUUUAAGGUGGGCAAGUGCGAUUAACGAUGAACCAUUUUAAAGGGAGGUUAUUUGAAGCCUCUAAUUUGAUUAUUGGGAGGAUUAUCAUGCUUUCUUUAGUAUUUAUUACCAUCAUACCAGUUUAGACUAUUUUACUGUCUAAUACAUAUUAGCAUUUUGUAUUUUGAGGGAAAUUGUUACAGAAUUUAAAGAUUUGAUGAAGAAAUAAGAUGUAGCAGAUUUUUUGUAGCAAGUUUCUGGUAAAAGGGUUUUUUGCAAGUCUCAGGUUCUUGCUGCACUAUUUUUUUUUAAAUAUUUAUUCCAGUUACUCUAAUUCAGAAGCAUUCUGUUCAAGUAACAGCAGCACUUGUGAAAGGAAAAUAAAAGCGCACAUGUUGUUAGUAGGUUACUAAAUUCGUACAAGUUUAUUAAGAUUUUAGCCAUCAGUGAGUUUGACAAGGGGAAUUUAUUUACGUUCAGCAUUAAAAUGCUUCCAAAAGAUCAAGUUUUUAAAAAUUUUAACCUUGAUAUAGAUGGAGAAAGAGAAGGCAACCUCAGUAUGAUAGGAACUGCCACUUUGAACAGUUUAGGUCUUAAACAGAAAGCCAAUCAAAUACCAAGGGGAGAAAAAUGAGCUGAAAUUGUACCAACUCCUCCAUUGCCGUUCCCCCCCCCCCC